AUGCGUCGGGUGCCACGAUGUUCCUUGCUGAAGGGAACCCUCGACGACUUCUUCUUAUGCAUCACUCUCCUCUGCUUCAUGCUGUCGUGCGCGAAACUUCCACGGGAUAUCCUCUUCGGAUUUCCCUUACUAAUCCUGUGGAAUUCGCUGCUCGGUGUUGUUCCGACGAGCAGCUUCCCUAAUCCUUCCGGUACCGAAUUCGAUUGCUCGCCGGUGCCCCAAGAAGGCAGCGUUGUCGCUGUAGCUCAGGAAAGCUGGGGAGGCAGAGGUUAUGGCCCAUAUGGUGGAUAUGGAGGAUACCCAAUGUACGGAGGAUAUGGAAUGUACGGAGGAUACCGUCCAGGUCUUCUCGGAAUGAUUCUUGGAAAAAAAAAGUAA